AUGUCCCUAAUGAGCGGAAUUUACCUUGCAGCCCUUUUCUUCACAAUCCAUGUUAGCUUCGUGCUGGCUUUUUGGUUCGGCUUAAGGCUUUACCGAGAAGGCCACAUUGCAAGUGUUAAUACUGUGAUCACGGUGUUAUUUUCUGUCUUACUGGCAGUCACAAUUAUGGGAGGCAUUGCGGUACCAUUAAUGGCUAUCUCGAAAGCUGUUAGUGCCUCUGGGACGUUCUUUAGUGUGAUUGACUCCGAGCGGGCCCCAAUGCAUGGUCUGCGCGAACCUGAUGUGUCCAGUCAAGCCGAUAUUACUUUCAAGGAUGUCACGUUUGCCUAUCCUACCCGACCAAAUACACCUAUUCUGAAGAGGUUUAAUGCACGAUUCAGGUGCGGUAGAACCACCGCGAUUGUCGGUCCAUCGGGCUCUGGGAAGAGCACCAUUAUUGGAUUAAUUGAGAGAUGGUAUCUAGUUCAAGCAUUUCCGGACAGUACUCUCAACCCUAUACGAGGCCAGAUCCUGGUAGACAACCACAAUAUCAACGAGCUGGAGAUCAAAUGGUGGCGGUCUCAAGUUAGAUUAGUUCAGCAGGAGCCGUUUCUUUUCAAUGACUCCAUCUUUAAUAAUGUUGCUUUUGGACUGAUAGGGUCAAAAUGGGAAAAUGGAUCCGAGACUAUGAAGAUGGAGAUGGUUCGCGCCGCUUGCAAGGAGGCCUUCGCUGAAGAAUUCAUUGAACGACUCCCCGAGAAAUAUGGUACUAUAGUGGGCGAAGGGGGUAUCACUCUAAGUGGUGGUCAGCGCCAAAGACUUGCCAUUGCUAGAAGCAUUGUCAGUCAACCGCCCAUCCUAAUCCUCGAUGAAGCGACAAGCUCAAUCGAUAUUCGAGGUGAAAGGAUUGUACAGGCCGCUCUUAACCGCGUGUCUAAAGACCGCACCACAAUCAUAAUAGCGCACCGUAUCUCGACGGUUCUCAGAGCAGAUAAUAUUAUUGUGAUGCAAGACGAUGGGGUCUAUCACAGAAUGGUAAACGCGCAGCAGCUGGAGCCUCUACAUGAAAAUCAGGAAAGCAGAUUUGAUGAUGUGUUCUGGUCCCAGAAGGAAGAGUUGUGGCCACAGGAUUACCCAGUCGACGAGAAAAGGGAGUGCGACAAUCCGGAGGUGCAGCAAACAAAAAGCAAAAGUUUCUUCCAGAGCUUAGCUGUAAUCCUUUAUGAGCAUCGUGCUUAUUGGCUUCUAUUACUUAUAGUCCUUAUGUGCGCAGUUGGGGGUGGAUCUGGAUACGCAUUGCAGAGCUGGCUCUUCGCCAAGAUGAUACAAGUCUUCCAAUUCACGGGCCAGACGCUCACAGAUGCGACUAAUUUCUGGGCCCUGAUGUUCUUUAUCCUCGCCGUCGCCAUAGCUGCCAUUUAUUUUACUCUGGGAAUCUCCUCAAAUAGAAUCUCUGUGGAGAAUAUUGGAUCUACCUACGGCAAGGACUACUUUUUCAAUAUGUUGCAAAAGCCCGUGUCAUACUAUGACCGCGAUGAAAACUCGUCGGGGAAUCUAGCCGCCCGGCUCUCGUUAGACCCGAAACAACUGCAAGACCUGUUUGGCCCGAUGGGAACCCAUUUUGAGUCCAUGAAUGCUGAAGUCUACGCUGAAAGUUCGAAGUUUGCAACGGAGGCUAUCCGCGCAUUUAGAACCGUUACAUCCCUGACUAUGGAGACUUCGAUUAUUAGUCGAUACUCCACCUUAUUGAAGGAACAAAGAAGGAAGGCAUUCCGCAAGUCAUGGUAUGCGACAUUUAUUUUCGCAUUAUCUGACAGUAUCGAGUUCGGUGCCAUGGCACUUACCUUUUGGUAUGGUGGGCAGCUUCUAGGAUCAAAGGAGUAUGACCCGGUUGCAUUCUUCGUCGUGUACAUCGCAAUCAUCCAAGGGGGUCAGGCAGCCGGCCAAUUCCUUUCUUUUGGGCCUAACGUAGCACAGGCCAAGGCCUCCGCCAGCCGCAUUCUCUCCGCUCGCCAUCCAAUCGAGGGACAGUUUGAGAGCCCUUCCAUGGAGCGCCUGCCACAUGGCCUAUGUCCGUCGAUUGAGUUCAGAAAUGUCACCUUCCGCUACCCAUCCCGCAAUGUGGUGACGUUUGCCGGCCUCAACAUAUUCAUUGAAUCUGGUCAAUUUGUUGCAUUUGUUGGUCCUUCAGGCUGUGGCAAGUCCACGGUAAUUUCCCUCCUAGAAAGAUUCUAUGACCCCGUCGAGGGCACUGUUCUCUUCGGUAGUCGAGACAUCACCUCUAUUGAACUAUCAUCUUACCGAAAUGUCUUAUCUCUUGUAGGUCAGGACCCUAAGCUCUUUGAGGGAACCAUUCGGGACAAUUUGCUUCUUGGUGUCCAGGACGCCAGUGACUCCCUUACUGAAGAGCGGAUGAUUCAGGCCUGCAGGGACGCCGAGAUCCACGAUUUUAUCUUAUCUCUUCCCGACGGCUACCAGACCAGGCUUGGUGUUAACCCGCAACACUCAAUUAGUGGUGGUCAGAAGCAACGUCUCUGUAUUGCCCGAGCGCUUAUUCGAAACCCCCGUGUUCUUUUGCUAGACGAGGCAACGUCGAGUCUAGAUUCGCAGUCCGAGAAGCUUGUACAGAAGGCCAUAGAGCACUUAGCAAGUAAAAGGAGCAUGACAAUUAUAGCUGUUUCUCACCGCCUGGCAACUAUCCAAAAGGCGGAUAUGAUUUUUGUCUUUGGUGAGGGUGUAGCCAAUGAAGGGUCACGAAUUCUAGAGAAAGGCUCGCAUCACGAACUUCUACGCAACAAAGGCCCCUAUUGGCAGAUGUGUCAAGCAUACGCAUUGGACGCGUAA